AUGCAACAACAGCAACAACAACAAGUGAAUAUGAAUAGACCAAGUGUUAACAAUGUGAUGUCCAAUCAGCCUGUAUCCAAGACAAAUACAGUCCCAGUUAUUGUUCCUCCAAUGAUUGUUCAACCAACAGCUACCAAGACACAGCAACCUUCCUCAGCCACAGUUCCUCCUCCACAAGUGGUCAAUAUUGCCAACUUUACUACUAAUCCCGUUGUAGAAAUUCCAAUUGUUAACAUUGGACAUUCAACUCAAGCUCCAAUUCAAAACAAACAUUUAAUGCCAAGUGGUAAUGUUGUAAAUCCAUACAGUACUCCAACAAAAACUCCUGGAAAGGAAGAAUUAUUUGCCUUGAAUUCAGUUGCAGAGAUUUUACCACCUGUCUUGCCUUCAACUUCAACAAAUCAAAACACAACAGUGAAUGCUAACAAUAAUUCAUUAACAAGUAGUAAGAGUUUGGAAAAUAUUGUGGAAAAUAAGAAACCAAUGGAAACUGUCAAGGUUAUUCCACCAGCUAUCAAAUUACCACAACAAAAUACUAGCUCUUCAUCAGUGGAAAGAUUGAACAAAUCUCCACCAAUCACAAUUACUGCAGAACCUAUUGUUGUUAAUCCAAAUUUGAAGAAUUUGAAACCUGGAAUUUGUAAACACAAGUGUCAAAUUCCAAAUUGUGUAUGCUAUUGUGCAUUUGAUCACUCUUCACAGGAAUAUAAGGACUUUAUUGAAGCAGAGAAUGGAGGUCUCGAUUUUCACAUGUGUUCCAAUUCACAUCCUUGUCAACAAUUUUGUUCUCAUCGUGGAUUUUGUGAAAUUAAAGCAGAGGCCAAAUAUACAGAUGUUGGCUUGAAGCAUAACUGUUCCAAAAUGUUGGAACCAUUCAAAUUUAGCCACUCUGGUAAAUGUCUUUGUUACAAUGAUGAAGACACUAAAACAGCACCACGUAAACAUUUUUGUGCAAAGAAAUGUCCUGCCUGUUUGUCCAUAUGUAGAAAAGAAUAUGGUCACGAUAAGAAUUCAUUCUGGAUUGCCAAAAAAUCAGUUGAUCCUAAAAUGAAAAAUAUUAAUUUUGAAACUCUUUCUGUAAAGGAGAAGGAGAAUUUACUACUCCAUGAUACUGAACAUGCCUUCAUGAUCAAUACUGUAUUUGUGACUGAUUCUAAAUUACUCAAGAAUAAUGCAAUUGAAAUUCCAUAUAUUCAUCAAAAUCAAGAACGUCUAUUGAGAUUCUUCCCAGGUCAAAAUGGUGCCAAAUUCACUUGUGAAUCAUAUUGUAGAGUUUUGGGUCGUGGUCAUACCUAUUUGACUGUAUGUUCCCACAAACAUGGUAAAAAGACAUCAACCGCUAAUUCUCUCAAUAGUUCAUCAUCAGAUUUGAAAGCAACAAUGGAAUCAUCUUCUGAAAAGCAGAGAUCACAAUCCCUUAUUCCAAAAUCACCUAGUCAAAGUGAAAUGUCCUCACUCACUCCUAAAAACAGUGAAUGGUCAACUGCUAAUAGAAUUCAAUUCACUACCUUUACUCCAACAUUUAACACAAAGCCAGCCACUGAAAAUGUUCCUAGAUCGAGAUCUGUUGGUUCUUCCCUUUCUGACAUGGCUCAUCCUCCUGAAUUACCAAGCUUGACCAUUGAGCCAACUCCUGGAUUGGAAACAUCAUCUAACACCAACAGUAGUAAUACUAGCACCACAUCAACAGGUAGCAACACUACACUCAACAGUAGUGGAGGAAUUAUUUCGGGUGGAAUUGGUGGAGUGCCAAGACGUUCUCCUUCCAACACUAACAUUGCCGGUAGUGGUCCUUUGGACGGAAGUUUUAUCAUUUCUAGUGGAAUUGGAGGCGUUCCAAAAAGAUCAACAUCAAGUACAAAUGUCAAUGACACACCAACAGGACUCAUUCAUGGUGGAGGUGUUCCUAAAACAUCUUCUUCUGGUAGUGUUUCAGAUUUAAAGGGCAAGUCAACUUCUCCAUCAACACAUAACACUAAUCCAUCAACUAUGGGCAGUAGUAUUGGAUUUGGAACUUCUCUCACUGUUGGAGGUGGCUCCCAGAUAAUUGUUUCUCCAAGGGGUGUUCCUGUAUCUCCAAGAUAUGGAAGAGAAGAUUCCAUGAUUAUUACCGAUAAUUUCGAUGAUUCUUUAUCUGAUAAUGGUGAGGAAGAUUGUCCAUAUAAUGGUGAAUUGAGUUUGAUGGCAACAGGUCGUAAGCACUCUACUAUGAAAUGUGAACCAAUGGAUGAAUUGAAACAUGAAAAAUUCUGGUCCUUGUGUGGAUUUGUUGAUCCAUGUAAGAAGGCCUGCAUGUCCAAUGAGGAAAUGCGUCAAUUCAACUUGUGUAGAGUUCAAAAAUUGGACCAAAACUCUACUUCCAAUACACCACUCGAAUAUUGUAAGAGACACGUCUCUCACCAAGUUUUGGAUUGUAGUGCAUUGGAUUAUUUGGAGGAAGUUUCAUUACUAGCUGAAAGAUUCCCAGCCAAAGAAAAUGGUUUCAUCUUCUCUCCAAGUGGUCACUUGUUUAAAGCCACUCCAAAUACUGGCAUUCACCACUAUAUCUUUGUGGAUGUUUCGAGAAAUAUGUCUUCACAAGAUAUGAUUCCUUCUCUUCCUGUUUUUAAACCAGCAGGCAAGAGUUUGAAACAAAGUGAAAAGGGUGAAGAUUAUUCUCAAUUCACAGCAUAUGAUAAUAGAUUGGGUUCUGCCAUUGAAAUUGUGCUCAGAUAUUUACAUAUUCUCUUCAAGUUACGUCCAGCAGAUAGGAUGACUGUUGGUAUCUUUACAAAGAAAUCUGUUGAAAUUAUUAUUGAUAAUGAAGAUUUGGAAUAUUACUAUUCAGUUAUUGAUCUCAUCACCAAUAAGAUUAAGAAACCAGAUAAUGAUGGAGGAUAUGAGGAAGUUUUUACACUUUUAGUUGAUUUAUUAGCAAAGCACGAUCCAAAACAAUCAAAGGAUCCAAUCAAUAGAAAUAUGAGACCAAAGAUUUACCUCGUCACAGCCAAUCAAAUCGAAUCCAAGUUCUCAGCUCCUAAUUUCGGAAAGACAGCAUCCUCCUCAACUGGUACACCUGUUUGGCACAGUUUGGGCAAAUUGGAAAGUCUUUCACUCCAAAGAAAGAAAAAGAAGGAACAAACCAAAUUAGAUGAUAUUGUCGAAUGGUACGAAUCAAAUGGUAUUAGUGCCAACUCCACCGGUUCUGCAUCUGAACCAGAGCCAUACAUUUCCAUUAUCAAGAUGGGAAGUGAAGGAAAUGAAUCGACAUUGAAUCAAAUCUUGUUGAAAUGUAAGGGUCUUUCAACUAUUGUUGAUUCCACUUUUGUUUCUGUGAAUGUGAAUAACAAACUCACUGAAGAGGAAAAGGAAAUCAUCAAAAAGAAGAGUGGAAAGGAACCUGCCCUCAUGCAAAGAUUGGUAAUUUGUCACAUGCUACAAGAUUUAUUGCUCACUCACUUGGAACAUAACAAGAUUAGAUUGAAUGAAAAUAUGAGAAUUAGUGGAGCAAGUUCAGCAUCCUCUGGCAAGUGUGGUCUUUUAAUCAAAUCUGUCAUUGACCAAAUGCAACAUGCUGAUAGUGAUAGUGAUAGUGACUAUGACAGUGAUGAAGAGUUGUCAAAUAUUGGUUUUGGUAGUUUCAUGAUUGGAAAGAAGAGCCACAAGGGAUCUCCUGUAGAUGUAUUGGAAGAUCUUGAAACUGUCACAACAGAGACAAGUCCAAAUAUUGAAUCCAACAAGACCUCUGAUAAUAGCGCAACUGAAACCAAGACAUCUACCGAAAAACAAGAAGAUGUCAAACAAUUGGAAAAUGAAAAGGAUAUUUUGGAAAGAGAAAAUUUGGCAAAGGAAAUUCUCGACACUGAAAGAGCCUACGUCACUUCUAUGGCCAAGAUUAUAGAAUUGUACUAUUAUCCACUAUUGAAAUAUUUGCCUAAUCUCAUUUCAGAAGAUGACAAGUCUAAGAUCUUUGGUGGUUUAUUGGGAAUUUACAAAUUGCACAAGAUUCUCGUAACAGAUUUAGAAGAACGUGUUAAUGAAUGGCACAAGGAUCAAAAGAUUGCCGAUAUUUUCAUCAAACUCCAUCAAACUUUCAAAUUGUAUACCACCUUCUCAACAAAAUAUGAAAUGGCUAUUGAAACUUAUUCUAAACAUAAGGAUAAUCCAAGAUUUAGAAAUUAUCUCUACAUUAGAAGAAAGGAUCCAUUCUCAAAGGGUGAACAACUUCAAGGUUUCUUGAUCAAGCCUAUCCAACGUAUUCCAAGAUAUAUUCUCCUAUUGAAGGGUUUGUUGAAACACACCAAGAAUCCUGAACAUCCAGAUUUCGGUAAUUUGGUGAAUGCAAUUUCCAUCACUGAAGAAGUUGCCACCUUCUUGAAUAAUAAGAUUCGUGAACGUCAAUAUUUCUAUCGUAUGAAGAGUGUGGCAGAUAGAUUAUCAGGACUGACAGAUUUAAUUCAACCUCAACGUAGAUAUAUUUGUGAAUUUGACAAGUUGAGAUCUACCUAUGACACUCAUGUCAAUGAGGAAUGUGUCGUUUUCUUAUUCAACGAUUUAUUUAUUCAUGCUGUUAGAGAAUCUGAAAAUACACAAGAAGAGGAUGGAAAAUUAUCUCGAGUUAGAAGAAAGUUGUCUGUUAAGGCCAACUCUCAACCAAACAUUACCUCAACAGUAAAUGUACCUACUCCAUCAGUGAGUGCCUCCACUUCAGAAUUGGGAGGUACUCCAAGUGGAGCUGCUGCUAUGAAAAUUGCAACAGCAGAAGGAGCCAAUGGAAUUGACAAAUCUGACAAUGUGGACGUUAUGGGAAUAAUGGAAGAAAAGAAGAAGGAUCGAUAUGAAGCAAGAUUUGUUUUGAGUUUGGGUGAUUUAACUGUUCAUCCAAUGGAUUUCGGAUCUAACAAUAGCAAAUUCCAAAUUUCAGCCAUUGCUCGUAAAUUCACAGUUGAGUACGAUGUCAUGAAUAGACCAAACGAAAAGGUUCGAAUUAUUACCAAGCUCAAUGAUGCCAUUACUGAUUUUGUAAAGAGAAAGCAAAGUUUCCAAACUAUUAGCCAACAAAAUUCCUCACCACAACAUUAAACACUUAGUUUACAAUG